UCUGUCAGUUAUCUUUUUUAAAAUUUCAAAAUUAAGCUAGUUUAGCAGAUGCCUCUCGAGCCCAAGUGGUAUAAGGCUUACGAACGAUUGCUACGUAAGCACUAUGAUGACCAGAAUCAGGUGGUUCUCCUGCAGCGGCAACUGCGUCAUUUUCAGUCCAAGAGGGAUCGCCUGCAGAAUCAAAUUGAACAGGAGAGUAAGGGCAUGGACGUCUGGAUGAAUAUGAUGGAAACCCUGCGUCGUGGAGUGGAGCGUUUCCAGAAAAAUAAGCACCUUCUCUCACCUCAGAAGCACAAGCAACUGCGACGUAUAAUCCGCCAGAUACCGCUCAAUACGUUGGAGGAGCGUGUGCGUCUGAUGGAAGUGUCAGAGAAGUUAAUGCCCAAACCGUGUGAGGAAGCAACCACUGCAAUUACUAAGGAAGAAAAACCCUCGUUCAAGUAUUCCGUUCCGCAUCAGAAGCGCUGUAAUCCCAAGACUCAAGCCUCAGUUGAUAAACGACUAUCGAGGAUCCAAGCUGAUUUGCAAGACCUGUGCGGUAUUCAUGAAAAAACCACCGGCGUAAUUGCAGACAUUCGCUCUUUAAUGGCCACCAUCAACUAUUUGGAUCGGGGUCAGUGCACCAAUAUUAAGAUUAUUCCUUAUAGGAAUAUGUCGAAAGACCGUGAACCAGCCAUGAAAGCCACCAUCAAAUUAGAUCGCUUACGAAAAACCAAGACCAAGAACCACUACACUCGGGAACUCAUGGACAUUCGUCCGCAGUACAUCCUUGACCAUGUGCCGCAACUAAAGCUCAGCAUAUUUGAUAUUCCGAAGAGUAGGUCCAAGAAACUGCACUAAACGGCUUCUGGUGGGGACAAUAAUUUAUUACGUCAAGAAUUAGUCUACUUAAACAUAGUCUACUUUAACAUGUUCUAUGCUACGCUAAUCCUGUCCAGCUUCCGUUCGAUAUAUACAAUUUACAAUAACAACUAAACUCCUUGAUCAUCUCUUAGCGGAAAUGGGAAACUGCCUCUUUCUGUGGCAAGUUGGUGGCAAAG